ACGACACAAGCUUCCUUGACGGGAAAUGGGUGGUCCCAACACACAGACAAACCAAGUAGCGCAGAUUUGACCCUCAAGAUGGCACGUACACAAUUUGUUUUGAGACUAACUCGACUCAGACGACAUUAAUUAUAGGAUAACACAUGGACUAAAACCGAAACAAAAUUGCCCUCUAUAACCAUGAUGUCGACGAGAAGGAUCCAGCUGUUGGUACUAGCAUAUUUGGCUUCUGUUUCUUACUCUUCAGGAGCUGAAAGGCAUUUGAUGGUAACGCCGCAGUCUCCAUUUCUUCAGAUUGGGACGAACUUCACAGCUACAUGUGUGAUCAUUGACACAAAUGAAGCCACACCCGAAGACCUGUACUGGAGUUUUUCCCAAAACAUUAUCCCCCAAAAUCAGUACACAAAAAUCAACGAAUCAGCACUCAGUGUCACUAUCCCUAUAAACAAUGAAAAGUCAGAAUGGUUAUUCUGCCGACGAAAGAGAAAAGACUCUGAUAUUUCAUAUAGUGAAAACAAAUUCACUCAAGCGAUCCUCCUAACAAAACUCUAUCCUCCAGAAAAACCUAAAAAUCUGACCUGUAUAGCAAUUCAGGAGAAGAAUUAUCUAUCAAAAAACCUCAAGUGCUCGUGGGAAGCAGCAAAACAUAACCACAAGGAUAAGCCAACAACAUAUAAAAUACAUGUUAAUAUCAGCGUCAACAACCAUUUCUACACUAAAGAAACACUAAAGAAUAGUGCUAUAGUGGAAAUGGAAUUCUUCCCAUAUCAUAUGGAGAUGGAGAUCUGGGUCGUGGCUCACAAUGAACUGGGAUCUGUAGAGUCUGAACAUCUAAAACAAGAUGCUAUCAGUUUUGCUAAAACAGACCCUCCAUUAGAUGUCACAGCCAUUUCUGAAACUCCACUUCCCAGUUCCCUUCUCAUAAGAUGGACUCAUCCAAUUGCUGAAGAAUAUGUUAAAUUGAAAUACGAGAUCAGGUACUGCCAAAAUGGAUCUCACAUUUGGACUAUGGAACCUGAUGUUGAAGAGAUUACUGAAGACAUAACGUCCUUCAGACUCCAAAAACUACAACCUGACACAGUUUAUAUCACUCAAGUUCGUUGUAAACAUUUUAUGGAGGGCUCUGGCUACUGGAGCAACUGGAGUGCCAAUGUUACUCAGAAAACACCUGAAUACAGACCAACAAGUAAACCGCGUUUGUGGAAGAUCGUUACGGAAGGUGAACGCAUAAAUGAGCGACAGGUGACGUUUAUUUGUAAGAAUCCUGUGUCUUCAAAUGGAAAGAUAAAUAGCUUCAACAUAAAGAUCCGAACCCGAAACAGUGGAAAUACGCCAUGGGAAAGUAUACUCACCAACUGGUCAAGGGCAGACAGCUCCCCUAGCCAGAAUUUCAUUGCCUUAAAACAGAUAAUCCUCCCUGACACCUCACCUGCGGUAGUUAAUGUCACUGCCAUCAAUUCUAUGGGGGAGUCUCCAGUGGCGUCACUGCGCAUUCCAGAGAAAGGACGUGAGCUCGACCCUGUGAAGGCGCUCGAGGCGUACCCACAAGAAGGCCAACUUUUAGUAAGAUGGCGUCCUCCUAACAAUACACUUGUUUCAGUAUAUGUGGUGGAGUGGGUUAAUGCUAAUGGCAUAGACUGGCAGAGGGAAAACAAAAACACCCGACAAACUACAAUAAAAGGCCAUUUGGAGAAGUUUGUUGGCUACAACAUAUCUGUGUAUCCAUUAUACUCUGGGUGGACUGGAAAACCUACAAGAGUGCAAGCUUAUCUUGAGGAAGGGGCUCCUUUGGCCGGCCCUUCUGUCCGACUGAAUGGCAAACCAGGACGAAAUAAAGCAGAGCUCAUGUGGAAUGAAAUUCCCCCUGAAACACGGCGAGGCUUCAUUACAAACUACACAAUUUUCUAUUCAAGCGGGACUGAACAGGCCAUCACUGUACCAGCUUCAGUCAAUUCCUAUGUGCUCACUUCAUUGACAGCCAACACCAAGUAUGACACUUGGAUUAGAGUAUCCACAAGUAGAGGCUCAUAUAAUGGCACAAGCCACUCAUUUACCACCCUGAAAUAUGCAUCAGGGGAGAUUGAGAUGACUGUGGUUGGAGUUUGUGUCGGCUUUCUGUUUGUGUUUCUCAUAACCAUGAGUCUGUGCAUCUACAAAAGAGAUGUGAUCAAGAGAAACUUUUGGCCCCGAAUCCCAAACCCCAGAAAGAGCACCAUUGGAAACUGGUCACCUGAUUAUCAUAUAAAGCCAGAGACUCCAAAGGAGAACUGUUUGUCUGGCAUCAGUGUACUUGAUAUGGAGGUAAGUGAUGGGAAAUCAGUGUCUGAGGAAGACAAAGCUAGCCUAGCCCUCAAGAAGGACAAGUAUCUGUCUGAAGAGCACAGCAGUGGCAUCGGAGGCUCCUCUUGCAUGUCUUCACCCCGUCAGAGUGUAUCUGACAGCGACGAGGGGGCUGACACUGCUGACACUACAGCCAGCACUGUUCAGUACUCCUCAGUGGUGGCCUCUAACGGCUACAAAGGGCAGACCCCGUGCGUUCAACCUCAGCAGCUAAUUUUUUCGCGAUCUGAGUCGACACAACCUCUUCUGGACUCUGAGGAGAACCCAGACCUUUUAGUGCAAGAGGGCAGCAGAGCUUCCCAACCGUUCUCACAGCUUCCUUGCUUCACACACACUGCAUGGGACCACGGCAGUGGCAGCUUCACUGAGUCGAAUGAGCCAGAGGUGGAGCCUCAGGAGGUGCUGUCGUCACUUGACAUGUGUCUUUCGGGAGAAACAACCACAGACAGACAGCUUUUCUCCAGCUACAUGCCACAGCUUGGUGGCUAUAGGCCACAGUAGGAACAUUGACAGUGGACAGUGAAGUACGUGACAAAUUAUGUGCCUGUGUUAAUGUUGCAUGGACAUUUCAUGUCCUUCGUAAUUUCAAAAGUUAUGGCGGAAAACACUCAGGUGACUUGAAGUUCUGCUCUGAGACCCCCAAUUUGGCCAAAUUUCAAAAUUGUCCAAUAUGCAUGUGUGAUACAUCAUUGGAAAGCUUAAAAUCUCAAUUUUCUGGGGGAAGAAAAAUUUUGAACAGGAGCGUAUUUUGAAAAAACAAUUUUCUUUAAACAGCGAAACCCUAACUGGAGGCGAGCAGAUAAAGGCGCCAUGAUUUUAACGAGAUAUUAGCGCGUACUUAACUUGUUUCGAUCCAAAAACUCCAUGUAGCAUGUAUCAUCGAGUGUCAAGACAGAUGUGAAUGGCCACAGCCGGAUUUUGGGGGGAUUUUAUGGGUGAAUCAUGGUAAUAUAACAAGGGUCGCGAUGCAGAAAUCGUAGACAUCAUUUUCUUUUUCAUAUAUUUACCGCUUAUAAAUUUUUUUUUCAAUUUUUUUUUGUUUGGAUCAUUUAUUUAUCAUCUAAAAUAUUGGGGAAAAUGCAACCGUAACAAAAGAAUACAAUUAAGCGAUAGUUAUGAGGUAGCUAUCCGUGACUUAUUUACAGACACCAUUUUUUUCCAUUGUGACAAAAUGUUUAAAAGUUUGAAAUAUGUGAGUGAAUAAUUUUUUUAAAAGUUUUUUUUUUUUUUUUACUUAAAUAUU